AUGGGCGCACACCAGGAACGACAGCAAGCUCCGCUUGUCGGGUACUCGUCCAAACUGGGGUCCGGGACCCAGGCGGAUGGGGCUGGCCCGCACGCCACGCCUAUCAUCCCGGGCCUAGUGCCCGGUCCGAUAGGACAAGCCGUUGGAUCGGCGUCAGGGGCCCUCCCCAUCAACGUGCCAGCUUCCGAAAAUUCGGCCAUGUUCCAACCCCGGCACGAUCGCACCAUCAUUGGAAUCGAGCUCAUUACUGAGGCAGCGAAGAUUCAGCAUGAGGUCGAUAAGCUGAGCGACACAAUCAUGGAUGCGCCUAGCCAGGGCCCGCAGAGCACGUCGGAGAACGGCUCUAUUUCUGUGAUAGACGCCAGCCUUGCCGGUAUUGGGCAGUCGUUCAAUGGUACAAGCGGGCUAUCUUCACGGCAUUCGUCGCUGCAGAUCUCGUCCGACGAAAGCGAAACCUCGAGUAACAGUUCGCGCGGUCGCAGGGCUCGCCAUUGUGCAGCUCCAACUACACGGGCAUACACCGCACUGGAUGAGAACGUGAUUUUGCAACGAUUCCUGCAUCCGGAAGAAAAUGAGGGAUUGCGGCUGCUUUCACGCAGCACCCUUUGA